GCGGCACAAUCGAAGUCUUCCAUACCCAACUCCUCAAUCAAAUCGACCCAACCGAACACCCCUGUUUCUUCCUCAACUUCUCCGCCCCAUUCCCCUCUUACAAAUCGCUCUCAACACCCUAUAUAUACAUUCCCAUUUCCUUACCCAUCUUUCACAACAUUUCAAGAAAAUGGCUUCGAUUUUCCAACGAAUCGGAGCUCUUUCUUCGUCCACAACGCUUGACACCAAGAAAUUCCACCUUUCUUCUCGCCGAUCUCUUCUGGAGAGGAAAGUGAGUUUUCUUGUGGUUAGAUCUGAUGCUGCUAAGAUCAACUCUGGGGUGAAUAGAAUUGGGGGUAGAGCUCAUCAUUUGGUUGCAAAUGCUGUUGCAACAAAGGCUGAUACUUCAGCAGCAUCUACUGCAUCCAAAUCCGGGCACGAGAUAUUACUCUAUGAAGCCUUGAAAGAAGGACUCGAAGAAGAAAUGGAAAGAGAUGCUCGUGUAUGCGUCAUGGGUGAAGAUGUAGGUCACUAUGGUGGGUCCUACAAGGUAACCAAAGGUCUCGCCCCAAAAUUCGGUGAUCUAAGGGUUCUGGAUACCCCGAUUGCUGAAAACGCAUUCACCGGGAUGGGAAUCGGGGCCGCCAUGAUGGGUUUGAGGCCGAUUAUCGAAGGAAUGAACAUGGGUUUUCUCCUCCUCGCUUUCAACCAAAUAUCCAACAACUGCGGUAUGCUCCACUACACAUCUGGCGGUCAGUUCAAAAUCCCGGUUGUUAUCCGGGGACCUGGCGGUGUCGGGCGGCAGCUCGGUGCCGAACAUUCUCAACGAUUGGAGUCGUAUUUCCAGUCCAUUCCUGGAAUCCAAAUGGUAGCAUGCUCCACCCCUUAUAACGCAAAGGGGUUAAUGAAAGCUGCUAUUCGUAGUGAUAACCCCGUGAUUCUUUUCGAGCAUGUUUUACUCUAUAACCUCAAAGAAACGAUUCCCGAUGAAGAGUAUGUAUUAAACCUCGAAGAAGCUGAAAUGGUCAGACCGGGUCAACACGUGACCAUUUUAACAUAUUCCAGAAUGAGGUAUCAUGUAAUGCAGGCUGCGAAGACUUUAGUCAACAAGGGUUAUGACCCUGAAGUUAUUGACAUUCGGUCUUUGAAACCGUUUGACUUGCAUACAAUUGGGAACUCGAUCAAAAAGACACAUCGUGUGCUUAUCGUUGAGGAAUGUAUGCGUACGGGUGGAAUUGGUGCUAGUUUGACCGCGGCAAUUAAUGAAAACUUUCAAGACUAUUUGGAUGCACCAAUUGUGUGUUUAUCUUCGCAAGAUGUGCCUACACCGUAUGCAGGGACACUCGAAGAAUGGACCGUGGUUCAGCCGCCUCAGAUUGUGGCUGCAGUCGAGCAGCUCUGUCAGUAAGACUAUUAGUCUUGAAACUAAUGUCAUUGUUUUCAUCUUCUUUUGUUGGAGUAAAACUUUGUUAUGGACUUAAGUUGGUUUUGGUUUUAAAAGAAUGCGGGUUUCUUGAUUUGCUUCGAUAUAGAUGCCGGUCUUGCAUGCGGGAUUGUUUUGUUGC